AGAAAGCUGUCCAAAAUGAAGCCUUAAUUAUACCUUACUCUUGAUUAUGUUCGCUUCCUUUCAGAUAAAGAUGGAACUGAAAAUGGCAUCAGCCCUGGUCUUUCUUAUUGCUUCAUUGAUGUUUGCUGAUGCAAGGUAUUAUAGCGUAGAGCCUACUCAGUUCAUGCCUGAAGGAGAUGGAAGAUGCAAUUUGUGCUUGGAGGCUUCAAGGAAAGCUGAAAGAACAUUAAAAGACAUGAACCUGCUUAAGGAGUUCGAUAUGCUUUCAAGUGAAGUAUGUCAUUUCCUGCCAGAAAACUUUGAAACUCAGUGUUUGGAGAAAUCUAAGAUGCAAAUUCAUCAUACCAAACAAUCAUUGCAAGAAGUUUUCCAUGAAAAAAACCUUUGCAACAUCACAGGUUUAUGCAUUGACCAGCACAGGACACAAGAUGAAAUUGAAAUCUUUGUGGAGAACAAAGUAUCUAUGGAGUUGGAAGACGAAAGAGGUUGUAUAGCAUGCCGAAGGGCUGUGAAAGACCUACUCAUGAAGAUGAAACAGCCUAAGAUGAAGACAAAGAUAAUUGAGGCCCUUAUAGACUACUGUGAAGAGGCAGAAGAUAAUGAGGAGCAAUGCAAGCAAACAGUCUACAAGUAUGCUUCUACAGUGUUGAAUAAACUGGAAAAGUUGAAACCCAAUGACCUGUGCGUUAUGAUGGGAAUGUGUGAUGAAGCGUUUGCCUUGGUCAAUAUAUUGGACAAAAUGGGCUCUUAGAUUUCCUUCUUUUCAAUAAGGAGAUAAGAUGACCUUAGCAGUUUUGAAUAAACGUUUAGCAAACAUGAGUUUCAUCUGCCAGUCAGAAAUCAAUAUUGCAAGCCAUACCUUACUAGUUAACAAAGAAAAGUUCUCUGUGGUAUAUGAUAUUCUCAUCAAAUGAUCAGCUCCUGUAAAAACAUAUGUCUGACCUGACCUCUCACCUGUGCAUUCAUGUGGAGUGUCUGAGGGAAAGUAAUGCAUGAUCCUGCAGCUAUAAUAAUUACUAUCCAUUACGAUUUGCUACUCAGUGUCCAAUCAAUUAUUUCAGGUUCUAUUUUUUAUGGUUGAUUUCCAUUUUAAAUAUUUUGAAUUUUAAUAUUUUUGGAGGUUUUGGAUUUUGUGGGCAUUUGGGUGACAUUUUGAAUAUUGGAAUUAAACCCUCCAGUUGAGAUCUAAGUUCAACAUGACCAACAUCGGG